AUGCAAAUGGCCAUGGCAACAUCUGGCGCCCACGUUAAACGACCGUCUCCGUCCAUCGACCAGAACAAUCUGAAGCGGAUAAGGAGUCAUUAUCAUCACCACCAUCGUUUACAGGAGCCCGUGGUUCUCUCAUCCACCUCCGAGCCGGUCGUGCAAGAUGACACCCACCUCGACCAACUGAUGAAUCGUGCAGUUGGCCAGACAUUGAAGGACUCUGGGUUUGAAUUGGCCGAUCCAGCUGCGCUUUCGAGUCUUUGCAGUGCUACUGAGGAGUACAUGCUACGACUCUCCACAUUCAUCCGUCAGUCCAUGCUAUCUGCGCGACGUGUCCAACCAAUACCGCAAGACUUUGAUCACGCCCUGAAGCGUUUACGCCUCAAUCCCGAUGAUCUUCUCCCUCAUCUCAAAUCAGCGCCCUCAGACAAACCCACGCCGACGUUAUUACCAUCUCCCCAACCAGAGAAUGAGAUAUCCAGAUCUCUCCCUUUUCUUACGGCUCUGAGCAGCGAAGACGACCGCACAAAUCGUCCCUACAUCCCAAAACAUUUCCCGAGCUUCCCUAGCAAACACACCUAUUCUGCCACCGCAGUCUUCAUUGGACGAGACAACGACCCGCGCAAGAUUAGGGAACGCGCCGCAGAGGAUGGAAGGCAUGGUGAGGAAGCUCUGCGAAAAUUAGCGAGUGCCGCUUUCCGCGAUAACCAGACGGGCUCGACUGGCCGCGAUAAGAGACUUUGGGGUCGGAGAACGGACAGCAUGGAAAGCAUGUUCGAAAAGACGAUCAAGGGUUUAUCCAAAAAGCAUUACAAGGACCCAAUCACAAGCUCAGCCAUGGAUAUUGAUUCGGGACACCCGGUGGAUGCCGACACCAAGUCCCGACUCAAGCUCUCAUGGAAUAUGGAGUUGGGCCCCAUUGUCAACAGUGAACGAGAUCUCUGGCGCCGGAUAAAUUCAAAUGCACGGCGAGGAGAGGAGAAGACCCUAAAGCCUCCAGCAAGUGUCGAGCCAGUAGAUGUCAUGAUUGACGUAUAA